CGCGCGGGGCAGCCUGGGAAAGUCGGAAGCGCGGCGAGGCCGGCAGAGGUGGCAGCGGCGGGGCCCAUGCAGGACUCGGAGAACGUGGCGGCGCCCGAGGCGGCGGAGCGGCGGGCCGAGCCCGGGCAGCAGGAGCCGGCCGCUGAGCCGCCGCCUGAGGACGAGCCUCCGCGGCCUGCAGGCUCCGGCGCGCAGGAGGCGGCCGGCGAGAACGCGGAGGCCGGGGCCGUGCCGGGGCCUGACGAGGCGGCCGAGCCCGCGGCCGACGGGCCAGAAAGGGUAGGCGCGGCCCCCGUCCCGUCGCCGCCGCCACCCGAGGAGCCCCCUGCCCCGGCAGCGCGCGAGGCCCCGGCGGACCAGCCCCGGGACGUGGUGGCCGAAGCCCGGUCCGAGGGGGCGGGCGGGGAGGACGGCGGCGCGGACGAGCCCUCCUUCAGCGACCCCGAGGACUUUGUGGACGACGUAAGCGAGGAAGAAUUACUGGGAGAUAUACUCAAAGAUCGGCCACAGGAAGCAGAUGGAAUUGAUUCAGUGAUUGUGGUUGACAAUGUUCCUCAGGUGGGACCUGACCGUCUUGAGAAACUCAAAAAUGUUAUCCAUAAGAUCUUUUCCAAGUUUGGGAAAAUCACAAAUGAUUUUUAUCCAGAGGAGGAUGGAAAGACAAAAGGGUAUAUUUUCCUGGAAUAUGCAUCUCCUGCCCAUGCCUUGGAUGCUGUAAAAAAUGCUGAUGGCUACAAGCUGGAUAAGCAGCACACAUUCAGAGUCAAUCUCUUCACCGAUUUCGACAAGUACAUGACUAUCAGCGAUGAAUGGGAUAUUCCAGAGAAACAACCUUUCAAAGACUUGGGAAAUUUACGUUACUGGCUAGAAGAGGCAGAGUGCAGAGAUCAGUAUAGCGUGAUAUUUGAGAGUGGAGAUCGGACAUCUAUAUUCUGGAAUGAUGUGAAGGACCCUGUCUCGAUUGAGGAGAGAGCGAGGUGGACAGAGACAUACGUGCGUUGGUCCCCCAGGGGCACCUACCUGGCCACCUUCCAUCAGCGGGGCAUUGCGCUCUGGGGGGGAGAAAGGUUCAAGCAGAUCCAGAGGUUUGGCCACCAGGGUGUCCAGCUAAUUGACUUCUCACCUUGCGAAAGGUACCUGGUCACCUUCAGCCCCCUGAUGGACACUCAGGAUGAUCCUCAGGCCAUCAUCAUAUGGGAUAUCCUCACUGGGCAGAAGAAGAGAGGAUUUCACUGUGAAAGCUCAGCCCACUGGCCUAUUUUUAAGUGGAGUCAUGAUGGUAAAUUCUUUGCUAGGAUGACACUGGACACUCUCAGCAUCUAUGAAACUCCGUCCAUGGGUCUCCUGGACAAGAAGAGCCUGAAGAUCUCUGGCAUAAAAGACUUCUCGUGGUCUCCGGGUGGUAACAUAAUAGCUUUUUGGGUGCCAGAAGACAAAGAUAUUCCAGCCAGGGUAACCCUGAUGCAGCUUCCUACCAGACAAGAGAUCAGAGUUAGGAAUCUGUUUAAUGUUGUGGAUUGCAAGCUACAUUGGCAAAAAAAUGGAGAUUACUUGUGUGUGAAAGUAGACAGGACUCCAAAAGGUACCCAGGGUGUUGUCACAAAUUUUGAAAUUUUCCGAAUGAGGGAAAAACAGGUGCCUGUCGAUGUGGUUGAAAUGAAAGAGACCAUCAUAGCCUUUGCCUGGGAGCCAAACGGAAGCAAGUUCGCUGUGCUGCACGGGGAGGCACCUCGCAUUUCAGUGUCUUUCUACCAUGUGAAGAACAACGGCAAGAUCGAGCUCAUCAAAAUGUUUGAUAAACAGCAGGCCAACACCAUCUUCUGGAGCCCCCAAGGGCAGUUCGUUGUGCUGGCCGGUCUGAGGAGUAUGAACGGUGCCUUGGCGUUUGUUGACACGUCGGACUGCACAGUCAUGAACAUCGCAGAGCACUACAUGGCCUCUGAUGUGGAGUGGGAUCCUACCGGGCGCUACGUGGUCACUUCUGUGUCCUGGUGGAGCCAUAAGGUGGACAAUGCCUACUGGCUGUGGACUUUCCAAGGCCGCCUUCUGCAGAAAAAUAACAAGGACCGCUUUUGCCAGCUGCUGUGGAGACCUCGGCCCCCCACGCUCCUGAGCCAGGAUCAGAUAAAGCAAAUUAAAAAGGAUCUGAAGAAAUACUCUAAGAUCUUUGAACAAAAGGAUCGUUUGAGCCAGUCCAAAGCCUCAAAGGAAUUGGUGGAGAGAAGGCGAACCAUGAUGGAAGAUUUCCGAAAAUACCGGAAAAUGGCCCAAGAGCUCUACAUGGAGCAGAAAAAUGAGCGCCUAGAAUUGCGAGGAGGUGUGGACACUGACGAGCUGGACAGCAAUGUGGAUGACUGGGAGGAGGAGACCAUUGAGUUUUUUGUCACUGAAGAAAUUAUUCCUCUAGGAAUUCAGGAGUGAUUGAGAGCACAGUGGCGCAGGACAUAGAGUAAAGGGGUGUCCUUGUUGCAGCGUCACCGUGUCUUGUGCUGGAACCGAGGUCGUCCUUUUGCAGAAAGCUGGCACAAUUCCUGAAUUUCUACCUGUGUCCUCUCGCUCUGGACUGACUGCACCAGGGACGCUUCCGUCUCACACAUCGUGUGCCUUCUAACCCCUGGCAUCCUCAGCAGGGGAGGUUUUAAGGCACUGCUUUAAAUCUUUCUUGUUCGGGGUUUUAAAUCACACCAGUGUUUGUUACUUAGGCUCCGCACGGCUGCAGCAGGCAGCCUUCCCCCUGCUGUCGGUGGCACUGAGGCACGCCAGCCGCAGCUGAACGCCAUCCCUUCAAGGGCUUGCUGUCCCCUGUGCGCAUCCUGGGCUCCAGGUGGGGAGUAGCACUGCCGUGCGUGGUCUCCCCAAUUUGGGUUGUGGCAGGUUCUCUGAACAGGCUGAACACGGAAAUAAAGCAAACCUCUAUGAAAAGCUA